CAAGAAAUUGCCUGCAUCCUAUACAAUCUCACAUUAUUAUCGGACAAAGAUAUAACCAACCACAAUGAACUUCUCUCAGAUUCUUGUUGUCCUCGCGACUAUCGGUCUUGCCAGCGCUGCACCAGGCACUAGCGAUGCCUCACAGUGCACUACAUCCCAAGCCAACUCAUGCUGCACUAGCUUGACUAACGGCAUCUUGAAUGUGAACGUGCUUCCCGGACUUUGCGUUCCGCUUGUUGGAAGUUGCAACAACCAAGCUGCCUGCUGCACCACUAAUGGAAUUGGUCUUCUCAACUGCCUGACCGUCCAGGUCUAGUCAAGACGAUGACUAGAUGCGUACAAAUGUAUCCGAUUGGAUAUAACCAUCAAGUAACAUGAGACCUACAUUGAACGUGGUUGGAACUUUUUCCUGCUUUUUAUUGCUUUGGAGCAUCUUACGAGCACGAUGCAUCGUUGUAUGGAUACACUCUUUUGACACAUAACUGGGCCCAGACCAAUAUCUGAAUAUAAGCUAUAUUCGUCAAAUUACCAUCCAAG